GCGGCUGCGGAGUCACGUGAGCGGUGUAACAUGGCCGCUGCCCCUUGAGCGCGGCAGGUGCGGGGCUGGAGCUGGUCGUGUGAGUCGCCGGGGACAGGUGUACGGGGGCGGGGUCCAGGCCCGGGUUCCGAAUCGGCGCGCGCGGCGGAGCGAGGCAGGCGGGCCGGGGCGGCGUGGCCCAUGCGCCAGCGCCGGAGGCAGCACGGAGCCGCAGACUCCCCUGGUCCCCGGCGCAGCCCGGGCAGUCGCGGGCUGAGGAGUCGCGGGGCUCCGGGGGGCACCCCGAGUUGCCACCAUGAACCCCGAGAAGGACUUCGCGCCGCUCACGCCCAACAUCGUGCGCGCCCUCAAUGACAAGCUCUACGAAAAGCGGAAGGUGGCCGCGCUGGAGAUCGAGAACCCCAGGCCCUGAAGCAGCAGCCGGGAUAGGCUGGUGGCACUGGUCCUGCAGCCCCUCUCCCUCUCUCUCCAGGCUGGUCCGGGAGUUCGUGGCCCAGAACAACACCGUGCAAAUCAAGCAUGUGAUCCAGACCCUGUCUCAGGAGUUUGCCUUGUCUCAGCACCCCCACAGUCGGAAAGGGGGCCUCAUCGGCCUGGCUGCCUGCUCCAUCGCGCUGGGCAAGGACUCAGGGCUCUACCUGAAGGAGUUGAUCGAGCCGGUGCUGACCUGCUUCAAUGACGCCGACAGCAGGCUGCGCUACUACGCCUGCGAGGCCCUCUACAACAUCGUCAAGGUGGCCCGGGGCGCCGUGCUGCCCCACUUCAACGUGCUCUUUGACGGGCUGAGUAAGUUGGCUGCUGACCCAGACCCCAAUGUGAAAAGCGGAUCUGAGCUCCUAGACCGCCUUUUAAAGGACAUCGUGACGGAGAGCAACAAGUUUGACCUGGUGGGCUUCAUCCCCUUGCUGCGGGAGAGGAUUUACUCCAACAACCAGUACGCCCGGCAGUUCAUCAUCUCAUGGAUCCUGGUUCUGGAGUCCGUGCCAGACAUUAACCUGCUGGAUUAUUUGCCAGAGAUCCUGGAUGGACUCUUCCAGAUCCUGGGUGACAACGGCAAAGAGAUUCGGAAAAUGUGUGAAGUGGUCCUUGGGGAAUUCUUGAAAGAAAUUAAGAAGAACCCCUCCAGUGUUAAGUUUGCUGAGAUGGCCAACAUCCUGGUGAUCCACUGCCAGACCACGGACGACCUGAUCCAGCUGACAGCCAUGUGCUGGAUGAGGGAGUUCAUCCAGCUGGCCGGCCGGGCCAUGCUGCCCUACUCCUCUGGGAUCCUGACCGCCGUCUUGCCCUGCCUGGCCUACGACGACCGCAAGAAAAGCCCAGGCAUCAAGGAGGUGGCCAACGUGUGCAACCAGAGCCUGAUGAAGCUGGUCACCCCUGAGGAUGACGAGCCUGAGGAGCCAAAGCCAGCGGUGCAGAGGCAGGCAGACCCCAACCCCGACGACUCCUUGGCGAAGCAGGAGGGGACAGGCAGUGGAGGCCCCGAUGUGUCUUGUGACUCCAGCUUCAGUAGCGGCGUCAGUGUCUUCUCUCCAGCCAGCACAGAGAGGGCCCCCGUCACCCUCCACCUCGACGGGAUUGUGCAGGUGCUGAACUGCCACCUCAGCGACAUGGCCAUUGGCAUGAUGACCCGGAUCGCCGUGCUCAAGUGGCUUUACCACCUCUACAUCAAGACGCCCCGCAAGAUGUUCCGGCACACAGACAGCCUCUUCCCCAUCCUCCUGCAGACGCUGUCGGAUGAAUCCGACGAGGUUAUCCUAAAGGAUCUGGAGGUGUUGGCAGAAAUCGCUUCCUCCCCUGCAGGCCAGACAGAGGACCCAGGCCCCCUCGACGGCCCUGACCUCCAGGCCAGCUACUCCAAACUUCAGGUGUCCACCCCUGGCAGGGCCGGCCUGCUGACCACUCCCAGUACCAAAGGCUUAGAAUGUUCUCCUUCUACUCCCACCAUGAACUCCUACUUCUAUAAGUUCAUGAUCAACCUUCUCAAGCGGUUCAGCAGUGAACGGAAGCUCCUGGAGGUCCGAGGCGCCUUCAUCAUCAGGCAGCUGUGCCUCCUGCUGAACGCGGAGAACAUCUUCCACUCGAUGGCGGACAUCCUACUCCGAGAAGAGGACCUCAAGUUCGCCUCGACCAUGGUCCACACCCUCAACACCAUCCUGCUCACCUCCACAGAGCUCUUCCAGCUGCGGAACCAGCUCAAGGACCUGAGGACACUGGAGAGCCAGGACCUGUUCUGCUGCCUGUACCGCUCCUGGUGCCACAACCCCGUCACCACGGUGUCCCUCUGCUUCCUCACCCAGAACUACCGGCACGCCUACGACCUCAUCCAGAAGUUCGGGGACCUGGAGGUCACUGUGGACUUCCUCACGGAGGUGGACAAGCUGGUACAGCUGAUCGAGUGCCCCAUCUUCACAUAUCUGCGCCUGCAACUGCUGGACGUGAAGAACAACCCGUACCUGAUCAAGGCCCUCUAUGGCCUGCUCAUGCUGCUGCCCCAGAGCAGCGCCUUCCAGCUGCUCUCCCACCGGCUCCAGUGCGUGCCCAACCCCGAGCUGCUGCAGACCGAAGACAGUCUGAAGGCAGCCCCCAAGUCGCAGAAAACGGACUCGGCCAGCAUCGACUAUGCAGAGCUGCUGCAGCACUUUGAGAAGGUCCAGAAGAAACACCUGGAAGUGAGGCACCAGCGGAGUGGGCGCGGGGAUCACCUGGACCGCAGGGUUGUCCUCUGACAGGCCUGGCGUGGAGAAGGGCCCAGGAGUGGUCCCGUGGAGCCCUGGGAUCUUCAGGCCCCUUCCCACCGAGCCUGAGGACCUGCCUCGGGAGCAGGGCUGGCCCUGCCACAGCCCAGGGAUGGGAGCGGGGGUGGAGGCUGCUCUGUCUACCCGAACUCCUCUCACCACCCGGCCCCCUGGCCCCCCGCGCUGCCCAGCAUUCAGAUAGAGCUGGCUUCCUACCCGGGUGGGGCCACAGCCUCAGACGCCACCUAUCCUCUGGAAUGAUCUCUUUCUAACGCCCUCUGUGAAAGAGCUGGACCUCCCGGCCCACCAGAGCCCUGGCCUCAUGCGAUGUGUGUAUACGGAGCUGUGUGCACAUAGGGGCCAACACAGAGGUCCGUGUGAAUGAUGCAUUCCCUGCCCCAAUAAAGAAAUGACAGGAAACCC